AAUAACAAAGUUUAAGUCUGAUAAUUUACAAAAAUCAAUUCUGAAUGGUAAAGCCUUAUGACAAUACAUCGGCCAAUAUACUUCUUAUUCUGCAUCAGACGUUACGUGAUCACAUCUACGUAUUUAGUACUCUGUUUGAAUUUGUACGCGUAUAAUUUGUGAACAUGAACGUAAGCGAUAUAGGGAAUGUGAGCGAUACGAACGGAACCAUUACAAACCUGGAGUUCAAUCUAGAUUCCAUGAUUACUAAUUCAGCACUGUUUCUCUUGGCCAUAGUACCUAUUUAUAUAGGUUCUUUUCGCUCAAUAACUAGUAAGAAGUCAACUGAUGAGGUAGAAGUUGUAUCAGGUAAAGAUGCAGCACUGUUCCCACUUCUCGCCAGUGCUGCACUUUUCGGGAUUUACGUCGUAUUUAAGUUCAUUCCUAUUCAGUACAUCAACUCUGUUAUGAAGUUAUAUUUUUCUUUUAUGGGUGCUUGUGCAAUAUCCCGGUUCCUGUCACCCAUCUUUCGCCCGUAUAUGCCGGGUUGUGUAAAAAAUAUGCGGUUCAAGUUUGAGUUUUCAAGAAGUUUAGAGAACUCAGAUGGUUCUGAAUCUCAAUGGAAUUUAUUGGACAACUAUGAUUUUUCAGUUGAGUCGAAGGAUUUAAUAGGCACUGGCAUCGGUAUUUUGCUUGGCACUUGGUACUAUUUUUCAGGACAUUGGAUUGCGAACAAUUUCAUUGCAGUGACAGUUGCUAUUUUGGCCAUCGAAUUCAUAAGGUUAAAUAAGUUCGUAAAUGGCAUAUUACUUCUUUGCGGACUGUUCGUAUAUGAUAUAUUUUGGGUGUUUGGAACUGGUGUCAUGAUGGCUGUCGCAAAAAACCUAGAUAUUCCAAUCAAAGUUACUUUUCCGCGUGAUUUUCUUUCACAUGGAUUAUUUGGCAAACAGUUAGCCUUGCUUGGUCUUGGUGAUAUAGUUGUUCCAGGAAUAUUUAUCGCCAUGCUUCUUAGGUUCGAUACAAAACUUGGACGCAAGAAUAGUUAUGCUUACUUCUACUCCGGAUACACAGCCUAUAUCGUUGCCAUCAUAAUGACUUUCGUAAUGAUGCACGUAUUCAAACACGCUCAGCCGGCUUUACUUUACCUGGUACCUGCUUGUUUGGGUGCACCAUUGCUUAUGGCUUUAGUGAAAAAUGAUCUUAGUGCAAUGUUCAACUAUGAAGAUGAACCGGAAGCUGAAAAGAAAAGUCAGGAGGCUGAAGUGUCAAACAAAUCUAAGAAAAGUAAAUAACAAUAUCAAUCUUUGGGGUGGGGGCAAUUGACCGAUUUUAUCAUCCUAAUCUGUCCAUAUAUAACUUAUGUACACAAAUAUAUUCAUUUCUACAGUGUUAAGUAUGUAACGUUUGCGUUACGUGCUGACCGUUUGUUUUGUUUUCUGUAAAAUAAUGUUGUUUGCGAAAAACCCUAACGUAACUUUCUCGUUCGACAUUUGUUUUAACUUUAUCGCUUUGCUAAUAAAUCUGUUACACUCUCUGUUUAUUUUGUGACAUCAGUAUUCAAAGUCUAAACAUCGUAAUAAGUGAGCAUUAUUGGCAAGCAAACAAAGUUACUUCUUCAGAUCAUUUUUAUUUUAUGAAUACAUAUUUAAAAUAAUAUCCUGAUUGUUUUGACAGUGCUGAUAAUAAAUCCCAUUCUAAAUUAUACUUUAUUUUAAAUGCUGAUGUAUUUGUAUGAUUGGUGGCAACUGACAAUUUAGCGCAUUGCAUUUUAUGUCCA